AUGUUUAGCAGCAGAAGACAGCCAACUUCGAACAGCUUUUCCUCCAGAUAUGGAGCGAGCAAAGCCACAAAGAACAAGGGUCCAAGUUCUUUUAAUGAGCAGUCCAUUACAAGAGGGUUGCAGAGGUCAGAGUCUGUCAAGUCUUCGAGAAGGGGCCAUGCCACCAGCACAUCUCAAUCAGCCGGCAGCUCACUCACUUCUGCCAUCAUUACCAUCUGCGUUGGUCCUGACCAAAGGCUUUUUGCUGGCCAUGAAGAAGUCCUCUGCCGAUCCCCCUUUUUCGAGUCCCUACUGAAGGGACAAUUUUUCGAGAACCAUUCCAGAAGGAUCAAUCUACCAGACGAACAACCCGAGAUCCUAUCAGCGGUUUUGGAAUAUCUCUACAAAGGGGACUAUUACCCCAAACUGCUUCACAACAAGAGACGGGACACAUGGGAACUGGAAGAUCAAGUCAAUGCCACCGUCCAUCACCACGCUGCCAAGCAGAUUCUGAUGAAGGACACCGUCAUCUACUGUUCAGCCCAGCAAUACGGCCUUGAUGAUCUGAAGCGUCUUGCUCUUCGUAAGCAAGGAUUUCGGUCGGGCGUGGCAAUAUCCACCAUCCUUGCCUCUGCACGAUUCGCUUACAACCAUACGCCAGACUCUGACUCAAAACUUCGAGCUCAAUAUCUCACGCUCAUCAUUCGUAGUCGCAAUGACUUCAAGAAAAGCGGCCACAUGAAGCUAGAAAUGGAACAGGGCGGCACGGCUUUAUUCUUUGAUCUCUUCGUCGCUAUGUGUAACCAUAUGGAUGACCUCAAAACCAUGCGCUCGCCAUUCGCAUCCCCAUUCACUCGCUAG